AUGGCCGACGCCGCGCUCCCCGUUCCAACCGCCGCCCGCGGAGCCCCCCGGACGCAUGCGCCUGGCCCGCGCCCGCGUCUCCCCGAGUGGCGUCAUCGCCCCGCGCCUCUGGCGUGCGUCGUGACAGCGCGCCACGCUCGGCCCUGCGUCACUGCCGCGCGCUGCGCGGCGCCGAGACGCGCUGGGCGGGCCCGGGGGCUGUGGGUGCAGAUGGAGGCCGACGUGGCGGCUGCGGCCGGGGUCGCCGACUCCGUGCCUGGACAGGAGCUCUUGGUGGCCUGGAAUACCGUGAGCACCGGACUGGUGCCGCCGGCUGUGCUGGGGCUGGCAUCCUCCCGGACCUGCGGUGCGGUCCCGCCCAAGGAGGAAGAGCUCCGUGCGGCCGUGGAAGUCCUGAGGGGCCACGGUCUGCACUCAGUCCUGGAGGAGUGGUUCGUGGAAGUGCUGCAGAACGACUUGCAGGCCAACAUCUCCCCCGAGUUCUGGAAUGCCAUCUCCCAGCGGGAGAACGCGGUCGACGAGCCCCAGUGCCUUCUGCUGCUCCUCGACGUGUUUGGUCUGCUAGAGAGCCGCCUGGAUCCCUACCUGCGUAGCCUAGAGCUCCUGGAAAAAUGGACUCGCCUGGGCUUGCUAAUGGGCACUGGCGCUCAAGGGCUUCGGGAAAAGGUCCACACCAUGUUGCGGGGAGUCUUAUUCUUUUCCACACCCAGGACCUUCCAGGAGAUGGUCCAGCGCCUCUAUGGGCGCUUCCUGCGGGUCUACAUGCAGAGUAAGAGAAAAGGUGAAGGAGGCACAGACCCAGAACUAGAGGGGGAUUUGGACAGCAGGUAUGCCCGCCGCCGCUACUACCGACUCCUGCAAAGCCCUCUGUGUGCAGGAUGUGGCAGUGACAAGCAGCAGUGCUGGUGCCGCCAGGCACUGGAGCAGUUCCACCAGCUCAGCCAGGUCCUCUCUCCUGACAGCCAGGGACAUGACCAUAGGUAUCCCUGUAUAGCAGGUUCACACCCAAACCUAGGUCUAGGCACAGGCUGAGUUUGCUGGAGCGGGUCAGUGCUGAGGCGGUGACCACCACCCUGCAUCAGGUGACCCGAGAGAGGAUGGAAGAUCGCUGCCGCGGCGAGUACGAACGUUCCUUUCUGCGGGAGUUCC